CAUACUUUCCACCGUCAUGUAAGUUUGGUUCACUCAUUUCAAUAGCACUAGUGCCUAGGGAGAGCACAUAGUCUAGAAUUUACUAUACAGACGACUAAAAAUCACAGCGCAUAAGCCACCAAGCAAAGGACGUGAAUGAGGGAAGGAGCUUUCACGGGUAAACAAUGGCAGCCAAAACUGCAGAAACCACUGCGAGGAAGCCCUCAGCAAACAAGAAUAUUAAAAAGCUGCGUGCAAUAAGCGUGGUUUGCAAUUUAGCGCGCAGUUGGCAGAAGUGGGUUACGGAUAAUGAAGAGAAGCAGGCCAGCGAACCCAGCGGUUGGGCCCCGGGUUGCCCCGAAGACCCUAAAGAUGCUAUAAAAGAAGCGGCAAGGAAGCGACUUGCUCAGAAGGCCUUUCUGAGCCGGACCCCUAAAAAUAAGAGCCAAGAUGAGGGGGAGGCCACUGGGGAGUCCGGCAUCAAAACCGCACAGGUGAUGAAAACUGUGACGAGAGAUGCCCAGGAGAAAAGCACAGGUAUUGAGUUUUUGACUAAACGCAUCUGUAAAGACCCGGCCACCGAUGAACUGGACAAGAUGUUGAACAAGAAAGAGUCGCCCACUCGACGAAGGAAAUGCACGAAUAUGGUUUCAGAGCUGAUGAAAGGGUGGAAGGACAUGGAGAAGGAGAAAGAGACGACUAAGGAUGAAUGUGUGGAUUAUGAGCCUUCAGAGGAAAAAAGAGACCUGCAGCUACCUGUAGGAAUCAACCAGGAGGACAGUUCAGUCAGGAUUAAAAGACCUUCUGUAUCUGGGAGCAAAAAGGAAGUAGAAGAUGCCAACAAAAUAAAUGCCCUGUCGAAGAAAUACAGCACUGUGGGCAAUCUGAAAAGCCGCUGGCAAACAUGGGCAUCCGAGCACUCCGUCAGUCAGAAGCUCAAUCCCUUCAGUGAGGACUUUGACUAUGAGUAUUCCAUGUCAAUACGUUUGAGGAAGGGUGAAGAUGGCUAUGGACGCCCCAAAGAGGGCAGUAAGACUGCGGAAAGGGCCAGACGUGCAGAAGCCCACAUCCAUCGUGAGAUAGACGACAUGUGCUUUGUUAUAAGGACUAUGGCAGAUCCAGAUCCAGAUGGUCGCACCAGAAUAACCUUUGGGGAACUGUUUGACAGAUAUGUGCGAAUCUCUGAUAAAGUCGUGGGCAUCCUUAUGAGGGCGAGGAAGCAUGGAAAAGUGGCAUUUGAGGGUGAGAUGCUCUGGCAGGGUCAGGAUGAUCAUGUCAUUAUUACACUGUUAGUAUGACAUGUUGUGAAAUCACUCACUCUUAGCAAGGUUUAAUUUAUUUUAUUUUAUUGUAUCAUUACUGUAUCAUACUGUAUUAAAUUUAAGUUAUCAUUGUU